CCAACUGUCAUUCCUGUCAAACUUUACAUAUUGGUCCCUCGUUUCUUACAAAAUUUCUUUCUCUUCCCACUUAUGUGUCAACUCUCAACUAACUCACCUGCCAUUCUUCACUCUUCAUAGUACCCAUUCUUCAUAAUGUAGAACCAUAGGUGGACAGUCUAUCUUAUCUUUUUAUUUAUUUUUUUCUUUUUUUAAGAAAAAAAAGUUCUAACAAAUUGUAUGAUUCUUUUUCUUAAUUAAGUAUAAUACAUAAACAAAACUAGAAAUAAGUUGAUUAUGCGUAUUUUUUCUACUUACUAUUAUUAUUAGUUAAAUGACACUCAUUAUUUCAGACAUAUAUUGUUUAUUAAGGUAUUUAACUAUUCCAUCAUUAUAAUGAUUAUUUUUUAAAUUAAUUAAAUAAAACUAUGAAAGUAGUAAGUGGCAAUAAUAGGGUUGAAAAUAUAUCAAAAUAAUAAAGAGAAGAGAGCAAAGAGGAAAAAAAGAAGAAGAAGAAGAAAACGAAGAGGUUUUCUUCAGACCGAUUUAUUAAGUCAUUGAAAAAUUGAGGGGAAAAAGAAAAUUAUGAAAUCUCAAAUAAACUGAUAAAGAAAAAUAAAGAAACACCAUAGUUGUGGGUGUAUAUGAUAAGUUAAGCUGAACUGGGUGUCUUUUAAAUGUAAUCGUCUUAGUUCGUUAGUUCUGUUAUAUAAUUUGCUCCAUUUCCAACGUACUAAAUCCCAAGCUGCAUUACUUUCCUUGAUUAUCUCUCAUUUGGGUCACUUUGCAUAUCAUAUUUUCUUGGGUUUGGAGUUUAGACUAUGAUGGGCGGUUUUUCAUUUUUCCAAUGUUUCGGUAACGGGAGCUUCGAUGAUGACCCACCUCAACUGGACCCGGUUCUCCUCAUCUCCGGCAUUGGAGGCUCUAUUCUCCACUCCAAGGGGAAAAAACUUGGACUUGAGACUCGGGUUUGGGUACGGAUCCUAUUGGCGGACUUGGAGUUCAAGAAGAAAGUUUGGUCUAUCUAUAAUCCCCAAACAGGUUAUACUGAAUCAUUAGAUAAAGAUACCCAACUGCUGGUACCUGAAGAUGACUAUGGCCUAUAUGCAAUUGACAUUCUAGAUCCAUCUCCGGUUAUAAAAUGCUUACAUGUCACAGAUGUCUACUAUUUUCAUAAUAUGAUUGAAAUGCUUAUAAAAUUUGGGUACAAGAAGGGAACCACGUUGUUUGGAUAUGGUUAUGAUUUCAGACAAAGCAAUCGAAUUGAUAAGUUGAUGGAAGGCCUUAAGGUGAAGUUAGAAACUGCUUACAAGGCUUCAGGAGGAAGAAAAGUUAAUAUAAUUUCACACUCGAUGGGUGGAUUGCUUGUCUCAUGCUUCCUCUCUCUCCACAACGAUGUAUUUGCAAAGUAUGUGAACAAGUGGAUUUGUAUUGCAUGUCCUUUUCAAGGUGCACCGGGAUGCAUCAAUGACUCUCUUUUAACUGGACUACAGUUUGUUGAGGGUCUUGAAAGCUUCUUUUUUGUAUCAAGGUGGACAAUGCACCAGCUGCUGAUUGAGUGUCCAUCCAUCUAUGAGAUGUUGGCAAAUCCUGAUUUUAAUUGGAAAAGGCAACCAUUAAUUCAUGUUUGGCGAAAGCAAUCAAAGGACGAUGAAACAUCGGUUGAAUUGGAAUCCUUUGACCCUGUUGAGAGUAUAAAUUUGUUUGAAGAUGCUUUGAGGAAGAAUGAGCUAGACUUUGAUGGUAAAAAAAUAGCUCUACCUUUCAACUAUGCUAUUCUCAAAUGGGCCUCCAAUACUCGCCAAGUUCUUAACAAUGCUAAACUACCUGAUGGGGUCAGCUUCUAUAGCAUCUAUGGGACAUCAUUUGAAACACCUUUUGAUGUUUGCUACGGUUCAAAGACAUCUCCAAUAGAGGACUUGUCUGAAAUAUGCCAUACACUGCCAGAGUAUUCCUUUGUCAACGGAGAUGGAACUGUUCCUGCUGAAUCGGCAAUGGCAGAUGGAUUUGAAGCAGUCCAAAGGGUGGGGAUACCUGCCACGCAUCGGCAAGUGUUGCAGGAUGAGUCUGUUUUCAAACUCAUCCAAAAAUGGUUGGAGCUCGACCAAAAGGUGGUAAACAAGCAUUCUAAAACAUCCAGAGUUGCUGAUGCUUCUUCUUCAAAUAUAUAAAUGUUAAUAUGUAUGUAAAAGCAGAGCCCCGUAUAAUAAGGAACAUUCAUUGUUUUGUAUAUUGUAUCGAAUGAAGUUAUUCCUCAGCUA